CACGACCAUACUGGAACUACUAGUAGUGGAUUUCAGAAUGUACCUUAAAUUGAUUAAUUAUAAGAGACUCAGUGCAAUCUUAACUGUUUAAUCAUAAUUGUUGAAUUACUUGUUAAAAUCAAUGCAUAUGGAAAUGUAUGUUUCGCCUAUUAUUACUUGGUUUCCUCUCUAUAUUAAUCUUUGAGAAGAAUGUUUAUGCUGGUUUCCGUAGUGGUCGAUUAAACAUGGCGGCUCUCAAAGAAGUCGUUUUGCUAUAUCAAACUUUAAAGCAAGAAUGGACAAAAAGUCCGUGCAAUUUGAAGAAAUGUGGGGAUCUGCUAGGCCAGUUAAAGGUUGGUCUCACCCAUCUAAUGUUCUUACCUACCUCAAAUAGCACAGCAUCUCAAAAAGAAUUAUUAAUUGCUCGUGAUAUACUUGAAAUUGGAGCACAAUGGAGCAUUGCCACAGAAGAUAUACCUUCAUUUGAGCGGUACAUGGCCCAGCUGAAGUGUUACUAUUUUGAUUACAAGACAGAAUUGCCUGAAUCAGCUUAUAAAUAUCAGCUGCUUGGCUUGAACCUUCUAUUUCUACUCUCUCAAAAUCGUGUAGCUGAAUUUCACACAGAACUGGAACUUCUACCAUCUGAUCAGAUCCAGUCUAAUGUAUACAUCCGGCAUCCCCUAAGCCUUGAGCAGUAUCUUAUGGAAGGAUCAUAUAACAAAAUUUUCUUGGCUAAAGGAAAUGUACCAGCAGCUUCGUAUAACUUUUUCAUAGACAUCUUGUUGAAUACUAUUCGUGAUGAGAUUGGCGCUUGCAUGGAAAGCGCGUACGAUAAAAUCUCACUAAAAGAUGCUUCACGAAUGCUGAACUUAAGCUCUGAAAAGGAUACAAAGGCAUUUGCAGCAAAGAAGAACUGGAAUUUAUCUAAGGACGGUUAUUUCUAUUUUGGCACACCUAACGAAAAGAAAGCUGAAGAACCCAUACCUAGUGCUGAUUUAGCUACUCUCGCGAUAGACUAUGCGAGAGAACUCGAAAUGAUUGUUUAAAGUGAUUUAAGCUUUUUACAACAGCUGUCUUCACCUAACUCCAUGUAUUUUUAUUCUAUUGUAAGUUUGAGUAAAAAACUUUAUAUCCAUAGCA